GCCGGCGUCGUUGGCGCUUGGCCUCGAGGAUGCUCGCGCCCUGCCCAUCGUUCGGGACAACAACGGGAAGCGCUUCGGGGACCUGAAGAGCGUGGUGAGCUCGUCGGAGCAGCCAUCGUUCACCGACUUGAUUCUUGAGGGCCCCCGCGCAGCGCUGCACGUGAUCAAGGAGAUAUCCAAGCAGGCGGUUGGCCCAGUCCAGCGGCACAUGACGUGGAAACACGAGAAAAAGUUGCAGGAGGAGUGGCAUAGCGCGGUCACCCACGAGAUGCUCCCGGAGAUCCUAGAGCUGGCGACGACGUUCGACCAGCUCGACGCGUCGAAUCUCGCGUGGAUGAAGUGCCUGCGCCGCCACACCCAGCACAUUGAGCAGCGCGUCAAGGAGAAGCGGGAGGCUGACAAGGGUUUCGACACGCAAGACUACUAUCCGGGUAUGUCGCGCCGCACGGGCGGCGCUAUCAUAAGCCCCGAGCUGCUGAA